AUGGCUGUGGAGAACUGUACCGUGUUUAUCGACUUCGUAUUUGUAGGACUUUCUGGCAGACAGGACGUACAGCUGGGGCUCUUUGUGCUCUUUCUGCUGGUUUAUGGCAUCACUGUGAUUGCCAACGUGGGGAUGAUCCUGCUGAUCAGCACGGACCCCAGACUCCACACGCCCAUGUACUAUUUCCUGAGCAAUCUGUCUUUCUGCGAUGUCUGCUACUCCUCCACGGUCUCUCCCAAGAUGCUAGUCGAUUUCUUAUCUGAGCGAAAGAGAAUUUCAUAUAAUUUAUGUGCAAUGCAGAUGUAUUCUUUUGGUGCCUUUGCAGAUGUAGAAUGUGUCAUGUUGUCUGUCAUGGCAUAUGACCGCUACGUAGCCAUUUGCAAUCCACUUCUUUAUACAAUUACCAUGUCCAGGAGGGUCUGCACACAGCUGGUGGCCAUUGCCUACAUUGUGGGUUUAGUAGAUUCAGCAAUCCACACCUGUUGCACAUUCCGAUUGUCAUUUUGCAAUUCUAAUAUCAUCAAUCACUUUUUCUGUGACUUCCCACCCUUAUUAGCCCUCUCCUCCUCAGAUACAUCUAUCAAUGAAAUAGUGUUGCUCACUUAUGGUAGCUGUAUUGUAGGGAGCAGCAUUGUCACUGUGCUCCUCUCCUACAGCUACAUCAUAACUACCAUUAUUAGAAUGAAAUCAGCAGAGGGGAGACACAAGGCCUUCUCUACCUGUGCCACCCACUUAACCGCUGUGGCUAUAUUUCAUGGAACACUUCUGUUUAUGUAUUUUCGACCCAGCUCCAGUUACUCCAUGGAUACGGACAAAAUGGCCUCUGUUUUCUACACAGUUGUCAUCCCCAUGUUAAACCCACUGAUCUACAGCUUAAGGAAUAAAGAUGUGAAGGGUGCCCUGAAAAAAUCAAUUAGCACUAACUUAUGUUCUCGGUGA